AUGUUUCCAUGGGCCUGUCCGGGCAGAGAGCAGGAUAAGGGACAAUUUUUUCAGGGGCCUAGCAUUUUGCGACGUACACAUCACACGCGGGCGGCCGAUCAGAACGAUGAACGCAGGCUACCGUUACAAAAGGUAGAUGCGGAUACUCUCUCACCGCGCUGGGUCUGGAGCCGAUUCAAUUCUAAGGCUCUGGAACGGUUUAAUACGGUGUGGGAUUUGGUGCAAGAGCCAGCUAAUUUCCGGACAGGGGGACGAGAGCCCCUCUCGAGAAUGACGGAAGGGGGCGCCCGGGCGAUGAAGAGGGCGGGCAUUAUUCAAACCGCAUCAAAGCCACCCACUGCCGGGUGGGUGGUGCCUUUUACAGUAGUGAAGGAAAAACCGUCUGGGCCACGGCGACGUUUUAUCGCCUGGCCACAAGCUAAAAAUGAACAAUAG